CACAGUAGCGUGUGCGUUGUUCUGUGCUUGUGUCUCUGUCUGUGAGCGUGUGGAAGAAGCUGAAGAAGUUGGAAGAGCUGACGAUCUGAAACAGAGAAGCUUGUUUCGAAGCUUUCUCUCUUUGAUCUCGUCUUAAACACUUCUUUUUCGAUCUCUCCCACCUAGUGUUCCAUCGAUCGGAACAUUUUUGCUUGGUGUCAACCAUUCUACCAUUCAUUCAACACAAUAUGACUAUCCUUCAUGCCGGGUAUCCACAGUCUCCAGUCGUUCAUUUCGGCCGUCAUCAUAAUGUUAAUAUUAAUCAGCUAAAUCUGAAUCAUCUCGGACAAGUUGAUAAUAUCCCAAACAAUUCGGCCGUCGGCGGCGGCGGUGCUGCUUUCCACCAUCUGCACACUUCUGCUGCUACUCCACGACACGUGGCCACCUCCGAGUUCUACGACGACGAGGAGGCGACGUCGCCACGUGGUGGUAUCGAAAUUGGCGCCGGUGGCGGCAAGAUGAUGGCAAACUUGCGUCGACACCGUCAACGUGAACGCGAGACGUACGAAGAUGAGGAUGUGUUGUCGUCGUCUGACGAAUCAUCCGGCCGACCGAUUCCGCGUUACGUCGGACGUGACACCGACCACGUGUUCGGAGAGUUUGAGAUGGAUGACGAGGAUGUGGUGAUGAGAAGAGAAGACGGCUAUGGAGAAGAUGAGACCGACGAAGAUUACUUUGAUGAAGAGGAGCCGGUGGCUGAGUUGUUGCCGCUCGGGGGAGGAACUCGUCGGGUGCCGCGAACCCCGGGAAGGAAGAACUCGUCCAAGUGUGGAUUCUUUGACUACUACAAGUUAACGGAUGAGCACUUGGGCUCCGGAGCCUACGGAUCGGUGACCACGUGCAAGUCGAUCAAGUCAGGUGUCGAGUAUGCUGUGAAGAUUGUUGAUAAGCAAGGAGAAACGCAUUCUCGAAAGCGUAUCCUCCGCGAGGUGAACAUCUUCAAGACGUGCAAGGAUCAUCCGAAUAUUGUUCAACUUCUUGACUGGUUUGAGGAUGAGACCAACUUCUAUCUGGUUAUGGAGAAGAUGCGCGGUGGGCCACUCCUUCAGCACAUUCUUCAACGUAAAUAUUUCACCGAGGAGGAGGCUCGUCGUGUCACCAAGGACAUUUCGUUGGCUCUGAAGUUUAUGCACGAUCGUGGAAUAGCUCAUCGUGACGUUAAACCGGAGAAUGUGCUGUGCACUGAUCCGAACCACGUGUCGCCCGUCAAACUUUGCGAUCUCGAUUUGGCGAGUCAACGUCCACCACAACACGAACGUCAUCCGUUGAGCCAGGUGGCUUCGGAACCCGAUCUUGCUUCUCCAGUUGGAUCGGCCGAGUUUAUGGCUCCGGAAGUCGUCGACGCUUAUGUUGGAGAUUCUCUGAAGUACGACAAGAAGUGUGAUACAUGGAGUUUAGGAGUAAUCCUCUACAUCAUGUUGGCUGGAUAUGCUCCAUUCCAAGGAAUGUGUGAUGAUGAGGAUUGCGGGUGGUCCGAGGGUAAACCAUGCGAGGACUGCCAACAAGACUUGUUUCAUCGCAUCCAAGAUGGUUACUACGAGUUUCCAGAAGAAGAGUGGGGUAUGAUCUCCGAGGAGGCCAAGGAUUUGGUCUCGAAUCUGCUCAAACGUGAUCCAGUGGACAGAUUCAACGCUGAUCAAAUUCUCUCUCAUCGCUGGCUCCAACAAUCCGCCGCUUCUACGAUUCUCCAAACUCCAUCCAAUCUCAUUAACCGCAAGGAUUCGGCACGUGAUGUUCAACAAAUGUCCGAGCACUUUAAUCUGAUGAACCGACUUGCGGACACUCGUCUUUCGGCGAGAUUCGACAAUAAAAUGACGAUGAGCGAGUGUGGAAGUGACUUGGGAACUGCUACUAUUCAUGGUGACGGAUCCUUCCUAUCCAUGGGUGGCGAACCUUUUGGCACUUUCCCACGAAAGAAAUCUGUUGGAAUUGCCAUCGAAAAAUCACGAAGUGGAGAGUUCACACCGCCAAUCAGUCGUGCUUCUCCUACAACUCCACCUCCAUCGAUGCUCAAUUUGAGCGAAGAUCUUACUGAUUCACCGGUCAAAAGAAGAUCUGCCGACGAUUCGGGAACCUUUUCGCUCUUCUCUCCAGCAUCAUCAAACGGAGACGAUUCGAUCUGUUCUCCACCAAUGGUGUUUGUCGAUAUGCCAUCUAUUCAACUGUUCGGUACUGGAGCAUUGCUUACUUCAGUUCAAAUGACGCCUCGUCACACCACCGAAGACGACGCAUCAUUGAAGUCGUUUGAGGACGAGCAGGAGAAUGCGAAUCCCAUCCAUCGCAUCGAGACUCAGGUCAACGUCUAAACCAAAUCUUCGUCGUUGCUCCUCCUUCUCAUUUAACACACAACCUCUCACCAAACCUCUCGAACUCUAUCUAAGAUCGCCACUUUUUUUUUCUGUUUUUAAAAAUCCCCUUGUAUGUAGUUUUGUCAUUUUAUUUCUCUUGCAAUCAAAUGCACUCUUGUUCUCAUUUCACACGAAUAUUUCGUUUUGUGUGUUCGAAAAUGUUGGAAAAAAUCAUCUAGAUUUUAGUAUUAGUUUUUUAUUUUCAACAUUUUUGAAAACCACCAAUCCACCAUCAAUUGCUCUACAUUGUAAAUAGCAAGCGUUGAUCUGCACCAUCUCUUCUUGUUUUCUUUUUCAUUUUUACUCUUUGACUUAGAAACGUGUACAGUACGGGGUUGAUCACAUUUUCGUGCUGGAAAUGCGCUGAAUUUGUGACCAACUGCGACCUAAUUUGCGUGUACAAAUGCCCAUCCGCCCCCUCAACUCUAAAAUGCAUUGCUGGUGUUGUUGUUACUACGAGAUCCCCAAAUUUAAACAGAAUGCUGGAAAUACGCUGUUUUCCCAUCCACUCAUUGUUGACCCGAUUUGUUGUUGAUCUGAAGAGUUUUUUAUUCUUUGCAUUGACAUCAAUUUCUGUUAUUUUUUUUGUAUUUAUCAUCUUUUUAUCAUCUUCUUUGCCUACUCCCGAAUCCCCUGUAACAUCAUCACCACAUACUUUUUUCUAAGAUCUGACAAUCAUUCACAUUAGAUUUUCAGCAGUUUUCAAGAUUUUUCUAGUUGCCACUGCUGAAAAUUUUUCUUGCAACCACGUUGCACCCUUUUUCCACAUACUCCCCACCCUCUAAGACCUGUAAAACACGUGUACAAAAUCAGAGAUAAUGUCGAGUUUCCCAGUGACUAGUUGAGCUCUUUUGAUUCUCAGAUCCUGAAAUUCCUGAAAAAGUUUUCAAUUCUGAAAGUCGAGAGCUCUCCGAGCACUGCUCCCUAUCGGUGUACAUACCCGCCUUUUAGUCGGAAAAUUGUUGAUUUGUGAAAAGAGUACUGUAGGAGAUUUUUCUCUCGGCAGUUCUCCUUUUAUUACCUUCCAUCCAUCCCGAGGAUCGUUUGCAAAGCGUGUUUGACAUCCAGUCUCCCAACUUUUUCUCUGAUUCUCCUCCAUUUGUUGUACAUUUUGCUUUUAGUUUCUAACGCCUAAUUCCAACAUCGGCCCCCAGUUUCUUUUCGUUUAGUAGAAUUGACGGCUAAACUUUGGUUUACCAUUCAGAAGUCACCUUUAAAAUCAUGGUUUUGUCUGUCAUAUUAGGCCCUCUAGGCUCAGAAUACUCAGAAUAAGAUUAGGAAAAAACCCCAAAAAAAUGAAGUAGUUUUUGUAGUUUGUCUUCAUCACGGUUUGGAAUAGCCAAACCCAUCCCAAACCAGUCUUGCAAAACAUCUAGCUUGACUUAACUCCCGAGAACCCCACAGAAAGAAGCCCGUGUACCCCCAACCGUCCCACUCAAUUGUUGUACGAUCUCUUGUGCUGAAAAUGUCGAAAAUGUUGGUGAAAGCUAACUUUUUUCGAUUUUUCCGGUUUGUCACAAAAAUCCUUCCCCGCCUAUCUCGUUGCUGGAGAAUACACACACACGGGCCUGGUUUUGGUUUCCUUCUUCUCCCAAAUUUCCCAACAAAAUUUUUCUUAAUUAACGGAAUCCCGAAAUCACUUUAAUUUUUAUAUGGAGUUCACGCUCUAUCUCUUCUCGAUACCAUUUUCCCCCACGUUCUUCCUGUCCUUUCUUCUUCAUAACUUAUUUUCUUUGUCUCCCACUUUCUCUCUUGUAGUAAAUUAAUAUCCCUUUCUUCUGUUCUGCUCUGAAAUUCUAAUGUUAUAUUUAUUUUUUAUAGAAAUGCUUCACGAAGUUCGGAAAGAAUGAUAAUGGUUUCGAAUGGAGAAUAAACUGUGAAUAAUAUAUUUAAA